AUGGCUCGCGGUGGUUUGUCGUCUGCACGAGGUAGGGUUCGUCGCAGACCCCCAGCCAGACGGCAAGAUGAUACCGAUGAUGAGAUUCCUGAAGUCUACCGCGAAAUGCUGGCCGAAGCAGAUGCGCGCGCUGCGAACCAGCAGGACAUAGAGGAUCGGCCGAUCAAAAGGCGAAGAGUCGGCGAGAGGAGAACGCCGCCAGCAACUCCGGUGACAGCCGUGAAAGAAGCAGAACCAGCACCUGCUUCGAGGAAAGACGACGACAACGCAGAUAAACAAGUGCAAACUGUUUAUGAUUUGGACGCUUCCGAUGAUGACUCCGAUAUGGAGUGGGAAGAAGUGGAGAUUCACCAACCUUCGAGCGCUCACCCUGCUCAAGCUGGAGACAGCGACGAGCCCAUCCAGAUUACACUCAACGAAGCCAUCGACAAACCACGAAAGGCGGUCGUGGCCAGACGAAAACCAGCCUCGGCUGCUGAGAAGAAGCUUAGAUUAGAUAUCCACAAGGUUCAUGUCCUCUGUCUACUUAGCCAUGUUCACCUGCGCAAUCUGUGGUGCAACGACGAGGAAGUCCAAAAAUUCUUAAAGCAGAUGCUGUCCAAGCAGACGAUAGCGUUCCUCAAUCCCAAGGAAAGCAUGUCGCAGUUCACUCGAUCUACAACGUUUAUCGAUGGACUGAAGCAAGCCAGUGAAGCGUUCAGCAGGAGGUUCAAGGAAACAAUUCUGCGUGAGGCAGAAACGAUCACUUCCAAAGAGGACUUUCGGAAGCAGGCGAAAACUCUGCAAGGAUCUCGUGAUUUCGGUGCUCAGUUGUUUUGUGCCUUGCUGCGCUCGGUUUCAGUGGAAACACGUCUGGUUUGCUCCCUCCAGCCGCUUCCAUUUUCCGGCGUGGCGAAGGGCAUGACUCCUGUCAAGCAGAAACCAGAGUACAUCGUUAUCUCGUCUGAUGAUCAUGCGAGUUCGAGUGACGACGUAACGCGUUCUCGUCCUCAAACUCCGCCGAAGGCAAGGAGACUUGGUCAGCCGCAAUUCAGCGAAUCCAUUCCCCGCCAGUCUCCGCCGUCCCGGCACAUUGGGGCUUCGCGCAAUUUGCAAACAUCUCCAUAUCCAGUGUUCUGGGUGGAAGCCUUCAAUCAAGCAGUGCAAAAAUGGAUUCCGGUAGAUCCGCUUGUGACGAAAUCCGUGGCCAAGGCUUCGAAGUUUGAGCCCCCCGCCGGUGACAGAUACAACGGCAUGUCCUAUGUGGUGGCUUUUGAAGAAGACGCCUCAGCCAGAGACGUCACUCAGCGCUACGCGAAAGCAUACAAUGCGAAAACACGGAAAAACCGGGUGGAAAGUACCAAAGAUGGUGAAAAUUGGUGGACGAAUACCAUGAAAUUCUUCGAAAAACCUUUCAUGGAAGAUCGUGAUCAACUAGAGAUCAGCGAGCUGACCGCCAAAACGGCGGCAGAACCGAUGCCGAAGAAUAUCCAAGACUUCAAGGAUCACCCGAUCUAUGCGUUGGAGAGACAUUUACGCCGGAAUGAAGUCAUCCAUCCCAAACGGGUGAUCGGGCACGUUUCUCUGAGCAAGUCGGGCUCCAAAAAGGACGCGCUCGAGCCUGUCUAUCGCCGUGCAGAUGUGCAUGUUGUCAGAAGUGCUGAUGGGUGGUAUCGUCUGGGCCGAGACAUCAAAAUGGGAGAGCAGCCGCUGAAGCGCGUUAAGGCUGUGGCCACCGCCCGGAACGACCAAGAAGAUAGGGAUGGGGAUCUGGCGGCGGAGACGCCAAUGUACGCGUUUCACCAAACGGAGCUCUAUCAGCCUCCGCCUGUGGUGAAAGGUAAAGUUCCCAAGAAUGCAUACGGGAAUCUGGAUGUCUACGUUCCCAGCAUGGUCCCACCUGGAGCAUUCCAUCUCAAACAUCCAGACGCUGCUCGAGCAGCUAGGCUUCUCGGCAUUGACUAUGCGGACGCCGUAACGGGCUUUGAAUUCAAGGGCCGGCAUGGAACGGCAGUCUUUAAUGGUAUUGUCGCCGCUACCCAAUACCGAGAGGCUCUCGAGGAGGUCAUCAAAUGCAUAGAAGAGGAGCGGAUCCAGGAAGAGCUCGACAGAAGAUCUGCAGAGGCGCUGCGUCUGUGGAAGCACUUUUUGCUGAAGCUGAGGAUCGCAGAGAAGGUGAAGAGCUACACAAUUGAGGGAGAGGAAGAGGAAAAUCAACAAGAUGAGAAGGAGCAUGAAAUGGGGGAUGUGGAUGUUGCAGAAACAGGCGGAGGGUUCCUUCCGGACUCCGACCAAAAGAUCGCGGAACCUACCAGCUUGGCUCAGUCGACAGCACGAGAUGAAUCUUUAACUGGGAAUGACGAGCAGGCUCGGGUUACUCAAUCCAUUCCGGAUUCAGACGAUGCUUUCGGCGGGGGAGGUUUUCUUCCCGAACCUGUGGGCGGUGCAGAUUCUGUAUCCUCGAAUCCGGUCCUGGCAGCGGGAGCGAGCCCCAGGCCUAAGAAGACAGCUAAGACCCAACCUCGCUACACCCUUGUUGUUGUCCCGAAUGACCAGCGGAAGGACGAGACGGCACCAGCACCUGGUUCGUCUGUCGGAGCUUCAGCGAGUGUGAACCAACAAUGUGAAGUGUUGAGAGACCAGCAUGAACGAAGUCCAAACAGAGUAGAAACAUCUGCUAUAGCAGAGGGCUCCUCGGAAGCCGCGCCGAUUAUGAUUGAGUCGUCUGCAGAAGGGACCUCCAAGUCUGCGAGUGUCGAAGUCCUCUCCCGGCCACCGUCCGCUGCACAUUCACGAGCACAGUCACCGCAACACAUCCCCAGUGAUGAUGAUGACAGUAACCUGGAGCAGAGGUCUUUACUAUCGCAUGACCCAGAGGAUGAAGAUGCGGAGCCAGAGUGGUUACUGUCUGAUUAG